AAGCUCUCCAAAGACCAGACUUUGAGGGUCAGGGUCUGUCAGAAGCAGCACGCUGGAACUCCAAGGAGAACCUGUUAGCGGGACCCAGUGAGAAUGACCCCAACCUGUUUGUUGCGCUCUAUGAUUUUGUGGCAAGCGGUGACAACACACUAAGCAUUACUAAAGGAGAGAAGUUGCGCGUUCUGGGUUACAACCACAAUGGUGAGUGGUGUGAGGCGCAAACCAAGAAUGGACAGGGAUGGGUGCCGUCCAACUACAUCACUCCAGUCAACAGCCUGGAGAAGCACAGCUGGUACCACGGGCCCGUGUCGCGCAACGCCGCAGAGUACCUGCUCAGCUCCGGCAUCAACGGAAGCUUCCUGGUCCGAGAGAGCGAGAGCAGCCCAGGACAGAGGUCCAUUUCUCUGCGUUAUGAGGGGAGAGUGUACCAUUACAGGAUUAACACAGCAUCAGAUGGCAAGUUGUAUGUCUCAUCAGAGAGCCGUUUCACCACGUUGGCGGAACUCGUGCACCAUCACUCCACCGUGCAGGACGGCCUCAUCACCACGCUACACUACCCAGCGACCAAACGCAACAAGCCGACCAUCUAUGGAGUUUCCCCCAAUUACGACAAGUGGGAGAUGGAGCGCACUGACAUCACUAUGAAGCAUAAACUGGGAGGGGGCCAGUAUGGGGAGGUGUACGAAGGAGUCUGGAAAAAAUACAACCUCACUGUGGCUGUCAAGACACUUAAGGAAGACACAAUGGAGGUGGAGGAAUUUCUCAAAGAGGCUGCUGUUAUGAAAGAGAUUAAACACCCCAACUUAGUACAACUGUUGGGUGUUUGCACACGGGAGCCGCCAUUCUACAUCAUCACAGAGUUUAUGACCCACGGUAACCUGCUGGACUACCUGAGGGAGUGCAACAGAGAGGACGUCAAUGCCGUGGUGCUGCUGUACAUGGCCACACAAAUCUCUUCCGCCAUGGAGUACCUGGAGAAAAAAAACUUUAUACACAGGGACUUGGCUGCUCGUAACUGUCUGGUUGGGGAGAACCACCUGGUGAAGGUUGCAGACUUUGGCCUUAGCCGGCUAAUGACUGGAGAUACGUACACGGCUCACGCUGGUGCCAAGUUCCCCAUUAAAUGGACCGCUCCAGAGAGUCUGGCCUACAACACAUUCUCUAUCAAGUCUGAUGUCUGGGCAUUUGGUGUACUGUUGUGGGAAAUUGCCACCUAUGGCAUGUCUCCUUAUCCUGGUAUCGACCUGUCCCAAGUCUAUGAGCUUCUGCAAAGAGACUACCGCAUGGAACGACCCGAAGGCUGUCCAGAGAAGGUCUAUGAGCUAAUGACAGCUUGUUGGAGGUGGAGCCCUGGAGAACGCCCAACGUUCGCUGAAACACAUCAGGCCUUUGAGACCAUGUUUCAGGAAUCCAGUAUCUCUGAUGAAGUUGAAAAGGAGCUGGGAAAGAAGGGGAAAAAGACAACACUAGGCCCGAUUCAACAGGCUCCAGAGCUGCCCACCAAGACCAGACUUCCUCGCAGAAACAUGGAAAACCGAGACAGAGACAGUCCAGACCUAGUCGACCCCGAGGUGGCUGUGUCCUCUCCAAUGCUUCCUAGGAAAGAACGCCCCCUGCUGGACAACAACCUAAAUGAAGAUGACCGCUUGCUGCCCAGAGACAAGGACAAGGACAAGACACGUGGCAGCGGUUUCCUCAGCCUCAUCAAGAAAAAGAAGAAGAGCGCACCAGAUCCACCCAAACGCAGCUCCUCUUUCCGAGACGAGGGUCACUCUGACAGGAGGGUUGUGACUCCUGAUCCUCGAGACAGUGACGGUUUCAACAAUGGUGCACCUUUGUCUCUAAAUGAGACCUCGAAGUUUUUGAGAACUACCAAUAAUGGGGCAGGCAGUAUUACCAGUGGGAGUCCUAACUACCCUGGACCUUUGUUCCCCCGAAAGAAGGGAGCUCCUGCCGUACCUGGUCCAGGAGGUAAGGCCACAACACCACCUGGUGAAGAGGAACCUAUUUCCAACUCAAGCCGUUUCCUCUGGUCCUCUAACAUCACUAAUGGCAGAGAUAGCACAGAGUGGAAAUCUGUCACGCUGCCAAGAGAUCCAGGCCAUCGUCACUUUGAUUCAAGCACCUUGGUAGGAAAACCAGCUCUGCCUCGAAAAAGGACCAAUGAGCAGAAAGGAGAGAACGCCCCUCGAAAAGGCACCCUGACUCCCCCACCACGCCUGAACACAUCGCAGGAUGCCUCCUCUUCCUUUUUGGGAAAAGACGGAGAUCCCAGUCCUGGUUCCAGUCCAAAAGCACUGACACCCAAGGUGGUGAAGAGACCGGGUGUGCCGGGGCCUGAGAACUCCAAGACCAGUGCUCUCCAUGCAGAGCUUCUCAAGUCCAACGUGUUUCCUGCUUUGGGAGCAGCUGGAGACGAGUGUAAGGCCCGCAGAAACAAGUACACGACAGACCCCUCAUCUGUCAGAGAAAAGGGGAAAUUACAGAAACCCAAACCAGCCCCACCUCCACCGCCAACUGGUCCCAAGACAAGUAAGAUGUCUCGUAGCCCCACUCAAGAACUCCCCUCUCCCGCUUCUUCCCCUUCAUCCUCUCCGUCUGAAAUCAAAAUCAAGUGCCUUCCUUCUAUUUCAGAUUCUCACCACACGACAGCUGCUAGUGACCAAGCCCGCUCACCAGUCAGUGAGGGAUCCAAAAAGCUGCCCCUGAGCUCCUCCUCUAAACCUCAGCCACUAAAAUCCCCCACCUCAUCCACUUCAGCGACCACUUUUCCUUCUGCCCAGAGCCAGGGGGGCUCGUCCGUAACCUCCCCCACUGAUCAGAGCUCAACUGCAUUCACCCCUUUAGUUAGAACCCGAAUCUCUCUCCGCAAGACCACACCCCGCCAAGCCUCUGAACGCACCCCGAACUCAGCCGUGACACGCGAGAUGCUGCUGGACGGAGCUGAGCUGCUCCGCACCGCCAUCGCUCGUGUCUCCGAGCAAACGGGCAGCCACAGCGCCGUGCUGGAGGCCGGUAAAAACCUGUCCAAGUACUGCGUGAGCUUCGUUGACUCCAUUCAGCAGAUGAACAAGUUUGCCUUCCGAGAGGCAAUCAACAAGCUCGAGAGCGGCUUGCGCGAACUUCAGAUCUGUCCCACCGCCACAGGGGGCUCCAGUGCGCAGCAGGACUUCAGUAAGCUGCUGUCCUCCGUCAAAGAGAUCAGUGACAUCGUUCAGAGGUAGCGCAAUAAAAAGGACCAUAAUGGACUUUAUAUGACAUUACCCCUUCAGAGCUGUGGCCUGUGAAGGGUGAGGUGAGAUCGAGAGCAGCACUGUAGGUUCACUCUACAGUCCUCUGACUUCAUUAAUCCUGUGGUUACAAUGAAUGGAAUCAAAGGAACCUUUACAUGGAUGUUGUUAGACAGCCAUAACUAUGAAUGCACAUCGUUUAUUUAGGGCCUUUGAUGAGGCUAGGGGCCAAAUCUUUAUCAUGACUUUUCACCAAAUGUCUUUGAAAUUAUGUCUGUUUUUGGCUUUAUUUUUUCUGUCUUCAUCAGCUUUAUCAUAAGAAAAAGGCCUGUUUCUAUGUGUCCUUAUUGUGCUGCGACAAUUGGCAACAAAUUACUUGUUUUGGUCCACAAUGCCUUACAAAGAUUCGUCACUUGUAUUUUCCAUUUUCACCUUCAAAAAGUUCAGGAAAACAGAGUGGGAUGUUUUUGUCCAACACACAUCCUAUUCUGUUUUUAUCAGGGUUGUGUUUUUUGAGAGAUGAAAUUUUGCCAGUGUUUUUGUAUUGAUCCUGUUUUCAGUGUUGGCAACCAUAUGCCAAAAACAGAACGAUGGGAGCAAAUUGAGAUGCUGACUUCAGCCUUUCUCUACCUUUCUCCCUUUUCUGCAACACUUGAGUAACAAAUAGUGCCUUAGACACUACCAGCAGGGCUUUUUCAGUUUCAGCACUCACAAAGUGCAGAUAUAUUACUCUGGCUAGGUUGUAUUGUGUGCUUGAAAGUGGCUUUUUAAAAUUGGAUUUGUUUGCAAAAGAAAAAAAGUGUGUGUAUGAUCUGCAACUCAAUGGACCUUCUUUUUAUGUAUGUAAACACAACUUUCUCUGUGCCAGUCAACAGAGCCAAUACUAACAUGCUACAAGGAGUACCAAGCUGACUUGUUUUCAUGACAGGCUUUUAUUCCUCUGAGGUCUAAAAGCUGUUGCUUUCACCCCAGAAAGAAAAAUAGAUCCUGGGGGAAACACUGGACUGAAAUUCUUACUUGCUGUCUCAAUUUAAAAAAAUUAUAUAUAUAAAAAAUAAAUUGUAUAUCCAAUAGGGUGACCAUUACAGACACAUGGAAUUCCACUGUAAGAUUUUUGUUCUCGUCUAUAACUCUUGGACAUUUUCUGUAUUUGUGCUGUAGUUGUCUCAUCCUUUAUGCCCUGCCUGACUGCGAAGACUGAGGACAAAAAAAAAUCACAGCUAACAGCCUUGAUUUUUAAUGGUACUGUCAUUGUUGACUUUAAGUAUUCCUAUCUCUAAAACAUACCACUAUUCUAUUUUUAUCUCAAUCACCAGUUUUUGCAAACAAACUUUGCCCUCAUUUUGUAAGUUUUUUUUUCUUUCCUUUCUAACCUGGGUGCAAUUUUAGUUGCAAUAAAAUACAAAGCAGUUGUGCUACUUGAAAUACAA